GUAUUGUUGGCUGCCUACGCAUCAAUUAAAUUCUAACCUAUAUUUGUCAAAUUAUGGCAUUAUUAUUAUGACCAAGAAAUAAUUAAAAUACAAAACAAUGGCAUUUACUUUGUGGAACCUGUUUGAGGCAUCAAUUCUCUGUUUAAAUGCAAUUUGCAUUUUACACGAGGAACGUUUUUUAGCUAAAAUUGGUUGGAGUUCAAAGAGUCCCAAUGUUCAUGGCUUUGGGGAAAAUCCCUCAGCCAAAUCUCAAAUUUUGAAUUUGGUGCAUUCAAUUAGGACUGUAGCAAGAAUUCCAUUGAUAUUUCUCAACAUACUUACUAUCGUCAUUAAGUUAAUAUUAGGUUAAUUAUGUAUUAAAAAAACUGUUUCUGUACUUGUUUUAUAAAUUAAUAAAUGAAUUAUUUACUA